AGGAUGUGAGUCAGGGGCGGGAGGUCCGAGAGUUUUGUUGCGUUAGAGGAGAGGAUGAUCGAGUGUUCGAGCGAUAUUGGUGAGAGGGGAGUGAGAGCGGGGAGAGUUUGUGGAAUUGUGCCGAGCGAUUAGCGGCGGGUGAGGUGAGGAGGAGCGCUGCGGAGGGAGAGGGAGAGGGAGGGACGAAGGAACUGAGAAGCGAUGAUGAGGUCUUUUUUUCUCAGGCUUGGAUUGUUGGUGGCCCCACUGGUGGUUAUGAGCUACGGCUUGCCGAGAUCGACGCCAAUUUCGAACAGGGUGGACUUGGGGCGUGAAUCUGUUGGGAAUUUGCAUGUAACCACGGCAGCAAGUCAAGUGCGCCCGGAGCUGAGUCGCGUAGCCGCGAGAAUUUCGGAUGAUAGAGCUCUGUCGCCCGUCGUGUUGGUGCCCGGGACUGGAGGGAAUCAGUUGGAAGCCAGAUUGACCAAGGAUUACAGGCCCGGCUCAUUUUGGUGCUACUCAUUCUCGUCCGGCUACUUCAGAUUGUGGCUCGAUGCGUUGUCUUUGAUUCCUCCGUUCACCACCUGCUUUGCCGAGAGGAUGAAGCUCGUGUACAACAAGGACACAGAGCGAUUUGAGAACUUUCCAGGUGUUGAAACUAGAGUACCAUACUGGGGCACCACCGAAGGUCUGGAAUACUUGGAUCCUACUUUCAAGAGUCUAGCGUCUUACAUGGCCCCAUUGGUGAAAGCCAUAAAAGCAGAGGGCUAUGAAGUUGGGAAAAACCUCUUCGGUGCUCCUUACGACUUCCGUUAUGCACCAGGACCAUACGCAGCGGAGGUAGCGGUGAAAUUUGGUGACGACUUGGUACAACUGAUAGAGAAAGCUCACGAUGAGAACGACAAUCGACCGGUGGUUCUGGUCGCUCACAGUCUGGGUGGUCUAUGGUCCCUCUACGUGCUCAACAGUCAACCCUUGUCAUGGAGGACUAAGUACAUCAAGAGCUUCGUAUCUAUAGCUACGCCAUGGGGCGGCACAGUGCAGGAGAUGCUCACGUUUGCAUCAGGCUACACGGAGGGCAUCUCGUUGCUGGACCCUCUCACACUGAGAGAUGAGCAGAGGAGCUCCGAGACCAAUCUGUGGCUGCUGCCUUUGUCCAAGGUGUUCGGGCCUCAGCCUCUAGUUAUCACUCCCACGAGGACAUACACUGCACAUGAUAUAGAAGAUUUUUUGAGGGACAUUGGGUACCCUGAGGGCGUAGAUGCCUACAGAACCAGAAUUCCUCCGCUGACGAGCAAUCUGACCGCACCAGGAGUGCCGGUCUCCAUCGUGUGCGGCUACGGGGUGGAAACUCCAGAGAGGCUCUUGUAUUAUGAAGCUGAAGGAUUUGAUCGGCAACCCACCGUCAUGAAUGGAGAUGGAGAUGGAACCGUGAACUACAAGAGUUUGAUAUCUGUUGUGGCUGAUUGGCAGAAUGUAGACGGGCAGAAGUUGCGGCUUGUCCCACUUGCUCAGAUGAGUCACAGUACGAUUUUGACGGAGAAGGAUUCUGUUGCUGCCAUAGUUCAAGAGAUUCUUCGCGAUUGGACUUCUUCUGGGGAUGAAGUGCUCAAAACUUCAUCGUCUGAUGAAGUGUUACGGUGACGGCGGCAGCUCUAGAAAAUGUUUUGUGAUUGUAUCAUCCUCGUUGUAACAUAGAUGCUGUAAAUUCUCGUUCGCUUCCUCCGCCCCAGCUUGGAAUUCUACACCACGGCUCAAGUCGAGUAUUGUACUACUUCAUCGUUGGAUUUACAAUUGCCAGGAUCCUUGCAUCAUGAAUGUCUAGUUGAUCCUAUCUUAUCCAGUGAUUUGUAUUGAUUAGGCCUGUCUCUCCAUAUCUUGAGGAUUUCCUGCGUAAGUUAACUUACGAGUGCAUUAGAGAGCGUCCCUACAACCUUUUGAUGACCAAAUCCAGCUGCUGAUGUGUUACCCCGAUCGGGUCGACCCUCUCACUGCGGAUUUCCCCAGAAAUAUUUGCACUUUUGUGUCUCUCGCAUGUAUGUCUUCAGCCUGAUUCCACUGCCGGGGUCAUAACUGCGGCCGCUUUAGAUUCACAGCUCCUUUCUCGAGGGUAAAAAUUUCAGGGUCUAAGUGGAGGCAGAAUAUCUCGCUUAAGUUGUUACUAUUUGGGAUGUUGUGCUCAUGAUUCAUGUGUAACUUGAAAUACCAGAAUAUUGUGACCACUGCUAAUACAAUUUUG